AGUUGCACGCUGCAUAGCUGUUCCGCUGUUAUACACAGUGUAUAUACAUUGUACAUUUUAGAAGCAUCACAACCAGAAGAAUUAUUUAGAUACAAAUUCGUCAGAGUGCACCUUGAUGAACAAAAUAACAUACUGAUGAUCUUCCGGGUACGUGCAAUGUGUUUAGAAAUUCGACAUUUAUUAUAAAGCAGUUCCGUGAAUUAUGAUUUCCCUAUAACGGGACAUUAGGAAGUGGGAACAUUCGAAUGACGGUCAGUAGAAGUGACACUUAUGGCAGACCACAAUUUUUCAAUGGUCAGAACGACCCAGAAAUCAAUAAUAUCCGGUUACGACGAAAACGUAUACGGACUGGACAACGGUCAGUUCUUGUACAUCCACGUCCCAGCGUUGACGUGCAUAUUGCUCAGUUUGAUAUGCGCAGCAGCCGUGAUAUUGGAUGCAUUUCGUCUCCAGGGUUUCAGAACUUUUUUCUCCUGGACAAAAAGCGAGCGCUUUGUUGUGUACCUCGCUGUAUGUGAUGGAUCAUUUAACAUAGCUCAUUCCAUGGACCACCUUCACAUAGUGAUAACCAGAGACCACGUCCACCCCGUCGAGCUCUGCGAGUUUUACGGCUUCAUGUUGGCAGAAUUCAUCACGGCGCAGAACCUGAUGGUCAAUAUAGUAGCUAUCAAUGCCUUUGUUUUGAUCUACUACAGAAAGAGAACUGUAUGGUUUGGGGAGUACGACUGGAAACUACUGCUCUGGACGUUCGGGGUACCUUUUAUUGGUGCCACAAUUGCAGGAAUAGCGGGUCAACUUGGGCCGAACGGGGCUUUUUGCUUCUUUGAUAGCGUGAAAGGAAAGAUAACAAACAUAUUCUUCACCACGGUUCCACUCUUACUGGUAUUAGUGAUCAACGUCGUCCUGUACGUGCUCACAUGGUACAGGAUUCACACAGAAGUCAAGCGUUUGAAGAAUACGAUUGGGAAGCGAGCAUCAACAGUCAGAGCCUCACACAGAGUUGCAAAGACAAUGUCAUUGUUUGUGGUCGCUUUCUUCGUUCAGUGGUGGGCAAUGGCCAUAUACGGCAUAUGGCAAUUGGCUUCAUUAGACGUUCCACAAACACUUUUUCAUUUAGUCACUACCUUUUCAAACAUUGGAGGGAUCCUGAAUGGCAUUGUUUAUUGGAUUAUCAGACGCCGAAGAAUGAGUGGAUAUUAUGAGAAAGAAAAGGUCAAAGAAAAUACUUCGUCCAAUCGCGACUCCGGCAACGAUAAAACAGACACCAAUGGACAAAGCUCGGAUGUGUAAAUGUAAUGAGUGAUGGCAGUUGAACUAUUUUUUUUAUACAAUUGAUUAUUGUCAAUUGUCGAAAAUAUAAAACACUAAUAUUAUGAUAACAACUGACAAAAUUUUACUACAUAUAUAGCUGUGAAUAUUAGGCUUUCCUUCUGUUUCAAUAAUUCCAUCUGACAUCACCUGAUGUAAAUGUUACCGUGACUUUGAACAGUGGAUAAAGACACAGUGAUGGACAAUCCCAAAGCGUCCGACACAGAAACGCUGGACCUAUAAUCCUAGUUGUUGUGGCAGCCUCCGUGAUAACGGUUCUGGGUAUUGAUUGCUUGGACAAUAUUUGGUUCUGGAGAUCAAACCUACAUGUCAGAACAUGAUGUUGUUUUCGAUCCUGUAUUAUUUGUAUCUCUAUGUUAGUGUUAAUAUACAUAACUAAGUGGGAAAUGAUGACCAGAAUUUCGACAUCUUAGUGUCCCAUUAUAUUUUUGUGAUACGUAAAUUGUACAGUCAAUAAAAUAACAGUAAAAAAGUCAAAUACAA